UGGAAAGAAAGCAAGAAACAAUAUCAUGUACCAUUAUAAAGCAAUAAGGACACUAUUAGCCAGAGUCAUCUUUUUUGGAACACUUAAUAAAGUGUUAUGGUGGAUUGUGUCAUUUUCACAAUCACCAUUAAAGAUUUUCAUGCAACAAACAAAACUCUUAUAUUAUUUAAGUAGAUUAUGAAUUGGGAAAUCGGGGUCCUUGGAAAUCAAUUUGUACCACCUUAUUAUGUAUAAAUAUUGUGAUUUGUAAGAACAGACCAUUGAGCAUUUUUGCUGUUCUUUUAGAAGAGAAAAAGAAUGAGUUCUUCAUCUGAAAAGGCGUUAGAAAAUAAAAACAGAAAGUCAAUAGCUAUUAUUUGCAGAUAUGCUGAUGGAAAAGACAUUUUAUUGAUGUGUCUGGGCACAAUUGGAGCCAUCGGAGAUGGGGUUUCAACAAAUUGUUUGUUGGUAUACGUUAGCCAUCUUUUUAAUAGCUUGGGUUAUGGUAAGACUCAACAGAACAAUGAGAAUUUCAUGGAAGAAAUUGAAAAGUGCAGCUUAUAUUUUGUACUAUUGGGAUUGGCAGUCAUGGUUGUGGCCUUUAUGGAAGGUUACUGCUGGAGCAAAACGAGCGAGCGGCAAGUGCUAAAAAUUCGGUACAAGUAUUUGGAAGCCAUUCUGAGGCAAGAAGUUGGUUUCUUUGAUUCACAAGAAGCUACCACUUCUGAAAUCACUAACAGCAUUUCAAAAGAUACUUCUCUUAUCCAAGAAGUUCUUAGUGAAAAGGUACCCCUAUUUUUGAUGCAUACAACAGUCUUCAUCUCAGGAAUUGGAUUUUCAGCCUACUUCUCAUGGAGGUUGGCUUUAGUUGCCUUACCAACAAUAGUUCUCCUCAUAAUCCCUGGUUUAAUCUAUGGAAAAUAUCUACUUUAUUUGUCGAAAAAAUCCUCGAAGGAAUACAGUAAAGCAAAUGCUAUUGUAGGGCAGGCUCUUAGCUCCAUUAAAACAAUAUAUUCAUUUACUGCUGAGAAGAGUGUGAUUGAAAGGUAUUCAUUGAUUCUUGAUGGAACCAUAAAGUUGGGAAUGAAACAAGGAAUUGCAAAAGGACUUGCUGUUGGUAGCACAGGGCUAUCCUUUGCAAUAUGGGCUUUACUUGCUUGGUAUGGAAGCCAUUUGAUUAUGCAUAGAGGUGAAACUGGUGGCAGAAUUUAUGCUGCUGGAGUUUCUUUUGUCUUGGGUGGACUAUCGCUUGGGAUGGCUCUGCCUGAGGUGAAAUACUUCACAGAAGCUUCUGUUGCUGCCUCAAGAAUAUUUGAUAGGAUUGAUCGCGUUGCAGAAAUUGAUAGUGAAGAUACAAGAGGAGUCGUGCUAGAAAAUAUUAGAGGGGAGGUUGAAUUCAGGAAUGUCAAGUUCACAUAUCCUUGUCGCCCAGAUAGCGUUGUGCUCAAGAACUUCAAUCUUAAAAUUGAAGCAGGCAAAACAGUGGCCCUUGUUGGUGCAAGUGGAAGUGGAAAAUCUACUGCCAUUGCGCUGAUUCAAAGGUUUUAUGAUACUAAUGCAGGAGCUAUAUGUAUUGAUGGUGUAGAAAUAAAGUCAUUGCAGUUGAAAUGGUUGAGAGGAAAAAUGGGGUUAGUAAGUCAAGAACAUGCACUAUUUGGAACAUCUAUUAAGGAGAAUAUAAUGUUUGGGAAAGUUGAUGCAACCAUGGAUGAAGUUGUCGCUGCAGCAAUGACAGCGAAUGCUCAUAAUUUCAUCACGCAACUUCCACAAGGAUAUGAGACCAAGAUUGGUGAAAGAGGAGCGCUUCUAUCAGGUGGUCAAAAGCAGAGAAUUGCAAUUGCUCGAGCCAUCAUAAAGAAUCCUGUAAUUCUUCUGCUUGAUGAAGCCACAAGUGCACUUGAUUCUGAAUCAGAAACACUUGUCCAAAAUGCCUUGGAUCAAGCCAUCCUUGGGAGAACUACACUGGUUGUUGCCCACAAGCUAUCUACAGUCAGAAAUGCAGACCUUAUUUCAGUAGUAAGUAAUGGUUGCAUCAGUGAACUAGGGGCACACAAUGAGCUUAUGGAGAAAAAUGAGCAGUAUGCAAGACUAGUAAAACUUCAAAGACAAUUUAGUUCUAUCAAUCAAGAACAAAUUGCUGAACCUCGUAUUUCUUCAGUAACAAGGAGCAGUGCAGGAAGACAAAGCUCAGCAAGAUCAAGUCCGGGUGUAAUCGGCUCACCUUUGCUCAUUGAGGACAGCCCGGCCCAAGCUUCACCUCAUCCUACCCCUUCCUUCUCUCGUCUCCUUUCAUUAAACUUACCCGAAUGGAAGCAAGGAAUUAUCGGAAUCUUAUCUGCCAUUGCUUUUGGUUCAGUGCAACCUGUCUAUGCACUAACCAUAGGUGGAAUGAUUUCAGCUUUUUACGCACAAAGUCAUGAGGAAAUGCAAUCUAGAAUCCAGAAAUACUGUCUGAUUUUCAUCAUCCUUUGCCUUGUCUCAGUUCUUCUCAAUCUAUUCCAACAUUACAAUUUUGCUUACAUGGGCGAACAUCUGACCAGAAGAAUAAGACUGCAAAUGCUCGAGAAAAUCUUGACCUUUGAAGCAGCCUGGUUCGACGAGGAGCAGAACUCAAGUGGAGCUUUAUGUUCUCGAUUGAGCAAUGAAGCAGCCAUGGUGAAAUCCCUUGUUGCUGAUAGAGUUUCACUCUUGGUCCAAAGCACUUCAGCCGUCACUGUUGCUAUGGUAAUGGGGCUAAUUGUGGCUUGGAAACUUGCACUAGUUAUGAUCGUUGUCCAACCACUCACGAUUCUCUGCUUUUACACGAGAAAAGUCUUGCUAUCCACUAUCACGGGUAAAUUCGUUAAGGCACAAUAUCGUAGUACUCAAAUUGCUGUAGAGGCUGUAUAUAAUCAUAGGAUUGUGACGUCGUUUGGGAGCAUACAAAAAGUCCUUGACAUAUUUGAUGAGGCACAAGAUGAGCCAAGGAAGGAGGCUAGGAAGAAAUCUUGGUUAGCUGGUAUUGGUAUAGGAUCAGCACAAGGUCUAACUUUCAUUUGUUGGGCCCUAGAUUUUUGGGUUGGUGGAAAGCUGGUUAAUGCUGGAGAAAUAUCAGCUGCUGAUGUCUUCAAGACUUUCUUUAUAUUAGUCAGCACUGGAAAGGUAAUAGCUGAAGCUGGAAGCAUGACUUCUGAUCUCGCCAAGGGCUCAACAGUAAUUGCUUCUAUCUUUUCCAUUCUUGAUCGAAAAUCACUUAUUCAAGGAUCCUAUCAUGAGGCAAAGAAUAACAGCAUCGGGACGAACUUGGAGAAGAUGACCGGUCGAAUAGAGAUGAAAAAGGUUGAUUUUGGAUAUCAAAGUAGGCCUAACAGGCUAGUGUUGCGCGAAUUCAGCCUGGAGGUAAAAGCAGGCACUAGCACUGGACUGGUCGGGAAAAGUGGAUGUGGAAAAUCAACAGUAAUUGCCUUGAUUCAAAGAUUUUACGAUGUAGAUAAGGGAUCACUGAAAAUCGAUGGGGUAGACAUUCGAUUACUUGAUAUAGAAUGGUAUAGAAGGCACAUGGCGCUUGUGAGCCAAGAACCAGUGAUAUAUUCUGGCACCAUCCGUGAAAACAUUUUGUUUGGCAAACUUGAUGCAUCAGAAUAUGAGGUGGUGGAAGCUGCAAGAGCUGCCAAUGCACAUGAAUUUAUUUCGUCCCUGAAAAAUGGAUACGACACAGAAUGUGGAGAUAGAGGUGUGACAAUUUCAGGAGGGCAAAAGCAAAGAAUCGCCAUUGCUAGGGCGAUUAUACGGAACCCAACUAUACUACUUCUAGACGAAGCAACGAGUGCUCUUGAUGUUCAGUCAGAGCAACUUGUGCAGGAAGCAUUGGAUCAACUAAUGGUUCGAAGAACAACAGUGGUUGUGGCUCACCGGCUUAAUACCAUCAGGAAUUUAGACUCCAUUGCUUUUGUUUCAGAAGGGAAGGUUUUGGAGAAAGGAACUUAUUCACAACUAAAGGAAAAGAGGGGGGCAUUUUUCAAUCUUGUCAAUCUUCAAUCCACAUAAUUAUAUAGUUAAAUUGCCUCGUUAUGGAGAGUAAAUAUGGAUAGUGUGUAAGUUCUAAAUUUCGGUUAUAAAUGAUAAUCGUUGUGCUAUCUCAAA